AAGGUCAUUGAACCCAGUGUCUCAAACACGCUAGGCUAGUGCUCUACCACUGAGCCACAACCCAGUCCCCUCCAUGUUGAAAUCUUGAAUUUUAGCUUCCUCCGGAAGGAGGGAAGACGUGGAAACACGCAGUCCCAUUCCCAUACUGCAAAAGCCACCUGGAGCGGAGUCUCAGCUGCGUACUUUAGAAAGGCUUGAGUGUCACUCUUUCAUUAGGUGUCGUGAACUAACUCUCCGUCCCUUUAUGGACACUUGAGUUUGCGACCUCUAUAUUACUGGGUAUAUAUGUUAGAAAGACAGGGACGUCUCUGCUGGGAUCUCACAGUCAGAUGGGGUGGACAGGUUCGCAGACCAGCCAGGGAGGAACGUGGCGCGCGGGAAGAUGGGGCUUUAGGUAGGUGGGCGAUGCGGGUACGGCAACCAAAGCGCAGUCUUGGGAGACGGUGCGGCUGUGGCAUAAAUAGACGAGAGGCGCCUGAGAGCCCGGGGAUUGGCGCCAAGCUGGAGACGUGUCCCAGGGCGGAGCGGCGGGAGUGGGCUCCCUCACCAGCGUGGUCUCUGCAAAGAGAUGGGCGCUCCGGAGACGGAACCCGCGGUUUCAGAACUAAAGGCAGCAUCGCCUCGCUUCCCACCCGGACAGCCUCCCCGCGCACCGCUCCAGGCCGGAAGUGGUCCGGAAGCCACCGUGCUGCUGCUUCCUUGCGAAGUCGGGGUGUGGAGCUGGCGGUCCCGUCCGAUGGGCGGUUGAGUUCUUCUAGCUCCUCUUCUUCCUCCUCGUCCUCCUCCUCUUCCUCCAGUGACGGUCGGAAGAAGCGGGGAAAGCACAAGGACAAGAAGAGGAAGAAGAAGAAGAGGAAAAAGAAGCUGAAGAGGAGGCGCAAAGAGAAGGCCGAGGUGCUCCAGGCCGAAGCUCCGCCUGGCCCCUCGCUGGACCAGUGGCACAGAUCCACGGGGGAGGAAGACGAUGGCCCAGUCCUGACGGACGAGCAGAAGUCUCGUAUUCAGGCCAUGAAGCCUAUGACCAAGGAGGAGUGGGAUGCUCGGCAGAGUGUCAUCCGCAAAGUGGUGGACCCCGAGACGGGACGCACCAGGCUCAUUAAGGGAGAUGGUGAGGUCUUGGAGGAAAUCGUAACCAAAGAGCGACACAGAGAAAUCAAUAAGCAAGCCACCCGAGGGGAUGGCCUGGCUUUCCAGAUGCGAGCUGGGCUGCUUCCCUGAGGGCCCCUGGCCGACUGAGGCCUGUGGACAGUGUCGUGCCAUGGCCUGGAGGUUGGCCACAGGGCAGGCAGCAGCAACACUGACCGGUGCUGGUGGCUUUUCACCUGUGGAGCCAGUCCAGCCUCCUCAGGAGCAAGGUUAGAGGUGAGACUUACGGAUGCCUCAGUAACCUCUCCUGAAAGAGCAAGGGCAGUGUACCUGAUAUUAAAUGUUCUCUGGUCUUAGA